UUGACCUCACCGAUCACAUCUUUUUGAACUGUAAUUACUCUGCCCUAUAUCACAUAUCACUAUACUGUAUAUCAUAUAUGCUGAUACAAGGGAUUCAUCUCUAACGCGAAUGCAGGAAACUGAAGCACUUCACCUUCAGUACAAGUCUUUAAAUAAAAUAAAGAACUAACACCUGAGGAACUCGCACAAUUCUGGAUUUUCUUUUUUUUUUUGUUGCCAUGUUUUAGGCUUACUGUACAGAAUACUGGGCUAUGUGAGGAGAUCUUUAACAUAUUUGUGCAUUAUUCAGUCCAGUAGGUGGCAGUAAUCUGCCUCAUUACAAGACCAAGGAGAAGAAGAGCUGAAGUCCUUUUCUAUUUGGACUGUCUAGUUACCCAGCUGAGCUAAAAUCGUCUCUACAUGUAGCCGCUUCUACCUGCAGUAUUACAGAGACUGAUCUCUAAAUCCAGAGAUGAAGAAGAACUUAUCACCCACAGGAGACUCCAGUAGCCAUUCAACUGUUGGCACCCCUUCUACUGAGACCACUCGAGAAAGUAAACUCGAAGAUCUUUUCCAGUGCUCAUCAUGUGGAAAGAGUUUUACUCACUCAAGCAGUUUACAAAGACACCAGCGCAUUCACACAGGGAAGAAACCUCAUCACUGCUCACAGUGUGGGAGAAGAUUUACACAAAAGUGUGAUCUCCAAAGACACCAACGCAUCCAUACAGCUGAGAAGCCGUAUCAGUGUUCAGAGUGUGGGAAGAGUUUCAUUCAGAGAAGUCAUUACCAGCAACACCAGCGCAUUCACACAGGAGAAACACCAUUCCAGUGUUCAGAGUGUGGGAAGAAUUUUAUUAAUCUGAGUUUGUUACAUGAACACCAAUGCGUUCACGCAGGAGAGAAACCGUUUAUCUGCGUAGAGUGUGGCAAAGGUUUUACUGUGAUGCGUUGUCUCAAAAUACACCAGCGCAUUCACACCGGGGAGAUGCCAUAUCACUGCUCGCAGUGUGGAAAGAGUUUUACUCAAAUUAGCAAUUUCCAAAAACACCAGCGCAUUCAUACAGGAGAGAAACCAUUUACCUGCUCACAGUGUGGAACAAGUUUUACUCACUUGAGCAGUUUACAAAGACACGAGCGCAUCCACACCGGAGAGAAGCCGUUCAUCUGCUCACAAUGUGGGAGAAGAUUCACUCAAAAGUGCGUUCUCAAGAGACACCAGCGCAUCCACACCGGCGAGAAGCCGUAUCAGUGCUCAGAGUGUGGCAAAGGUUUCAGUCUGAGAAGUCAUCUCCAGCAUCACCAGCACAUUCACACAGGAGUGAAGCCGUUUCAGUGUUCAGAGUGUCAAAAGAGUUUUAUUAAGCUGAGUUUUUUGCGAGAACACCAACGAACUCACACGGGAGAGAAACCGUUUAUCUGCUUACAGUGUGGCAAAGGUUUUACCUGGGUAUCUCAUCUGCAAAGACACCAGCGCAUUCACACUGGAGAGAAACCGUACCACUGCUCCGAGUGCGGGAUGAGCUUCGCUCGAUUAAACACUCUCCAGAGGCACCAGCGCGUUCACACUGGAGAGAAGCCAUAUCAGUGCUCGCAGUGCGGGAUGAGCUUUGCUCGAACGAAUAAUCUCCAAAGACACCAGCGUAUUCACACAGGAGAGAAACCGUAUCAGUGUUCGCAGUGUGACAAAAGCUUUGCUGACCAAACGACUCUACGAAACCAUGAACUGAUUCACAAUGGACAUAAGCCGUAUUACUGUUCACACUGUGGAAAGAGUUUCGCUCUGUUGAGUACUUUCCGGCCACACCAGCGCACUCACACAGGAGAGAAGCCCUAUCACUGCUCAGACUGUGGGAAGAGUUUCGGUCAGAGAAGUACUUUCCUAAAACACCAGCGCAUUCACACGGAAGAGAAGCCGUAUCCCUGCUCAGACUGUGGAAAGGCUUUUACAUGCCGGAGUAAUCUCCAAAAACACCAGCGCGUUCACACAGGAGAGAAACCGCAUCACUGCUCGCAAUGCGGGACGAGCUUCGCUCGAUUAAAUACCCUCCGAAGACACCAGCGUAUUCACACUGGAGAGAAACCGUAUCGCUGCCCAGAGUGUCAAAUGAGCUUCAGUCUAUUGUGUACGCUCCAGAGACACCAGCGCAUUCACACCGGACAGAAGCCGCAUCAGUGCUUGCAGUGCGGGAAGAGUUUUACUCGAGAGAGCAGCUUUCAAAUACACCUGAAUGUUCACAGCGGACAGAAACCGUAUCAGUGCUCGGAGUGUGAAAAGAGCUUUGCUCACCCAAGUACCCUGCGGAACCACCAGCGCAUUCACAACGGGCAUAAGCCGUAUUACUGUUCAUACUGUGGGAAAACGUUCGCUUUAUUAAGUACUUCCCGGCCACACCAGCGCACUCACACAGGAGAGAAGCCCUAUCACUGCUCAGACUGCGGGAAGAGUUUCGGGCAGAGAAGUACUUUCCGAAAACACCAACGUCGCAUUCACACUGGAGAACGGCCGUAUCGCUGCCCAGAGUGUGGGAAGAGUUUUAAUCAGCAGGCUACACUCCAGUCACACCAGCGCACUCAUACAGGAGAGAAACCGUAUCGUUGCUCAGAGUGUGGCAGGAGUUUUACUCAUGUAAGUGCUCUGAAAGUGCACCAGCGUAUUCACACAGGGGAAAGGCCGUAUCAGUGUGCAGAGUGCGGGAAGAGUUUCAAUCAGCAGGCGAUUCUCCAGUCUCACCAGCGUAUCCAUACCGGGGAGAAGCCGUAUUGCUGCUCGGAGUGUGGGAAGAGCUUUGCCUACUUAAUUAAUUUCCAACGACACCAGCGAAUUCACUCAGGACAGAACUCGUACCCAUGCUCUCACUGCGGGAGGAGUUUUAAUCGAGAGAGCGCUUUUCAGCACCACCAGCGUGUUCACACCGGAGAUAAACCGUUCUGCUGUUCUCAGUGUGGGAAGACUUUCAAUCACAACAAGUCUCUCCAACGUCACCUGAGUAUUCACAGAGGAGAGAAGCCGUAUCACUGCGCGCACUGCGGGAAGAGCUUCAAUCAAAAGGAUACGCUUCAGUGUCACCUGAGCGUCCACACCGGAGAGAAGCCGUACCACUGCUUAGUGUGUGGGAAGAGCUUUAAUCGAGAGGGGGGUUUACAGAUGCACCAGCGCAUUCACACCGGAGAGAAGCCUUACAGCUGUCCACAGUGUGGGAAGAGAUUUACUUAUAAGAGUAAUCUUAAGGUACAUCAGGGCAUUCACACUGGAGAGAAACUGUUUCAAUGCUCACAUUGUGGGAAGAGUUUUAGUAAACAGGUUAUACUCCAACACCACCAGCGCAUUCACACAGGAGAGAAACCAUAUCACUGCUCAGAGUGCGGAAAGACCUUCAAUCGACAGGAUGCUCUUCAUAAUCACCAGCGCAUUCACACCGGAGAGAAGCCGUAUCACUGCUCAGAGUGCGGGAAGAGUUUCACGCGACUGACUCAUUUCCAUGAACACCAAAAUAUUCACACAGGAGAGAAGCCGUAUCACUGCACACAGUGUGUGAGGAGUUUUAGUAGACAGGAUACUCUUCGGCAACAUCAGCGGAUUCACACAGGAGAGAAACCGUAUCUGUGCUCAGAGUGUGGAAAGAGCUUCACUCAGCAGAAUUCUCUCCGGCAACACCAGCGCAUCCACACCGGAGAGAGACCGUUUAUCUGCUUACAGUGUGGGAGCAGGUUUACUUACAAGAGUACUCUCAAGGCACACCAGCGUAUUCACACAGGGGAGAAACCGUAUGAGUGCUCCCACUGUGGGAAGAGCUUUAGUAAACAGGUAACACUCCAACAACACCAACGCAUUCACACUGGAGAGAAACCUUAUCACUGUUCAGAGUGUGGGAAGAGCUUCCGUCAGCAAAAGACUCUCCAGCACCACGAGCGCAUUCACACUGGGGAAAAACCAUAUGAGUGCUCAGAGUGUGGAAAGAGCUUUAGUCGACAGGAUGCUCUCCAUAACCACCAACGCAUUCACACUGGAGAGAAGCCGUAUCACUGCUCAGUGUGUGGGAAGAGCUUCACGCAAUUGACUCAUUUCCAUGAACACCAAAACAUUCACACAGGAGAGAAGCCGUAUCACUGCGAACAAUGCGGAAAAAGCUUCGGUCAGCAGAAUACUCUUCGGAAACACCAGCGAAUUCACAAAGGAGAAAAACCGUAUCAGUGCUCACAUUGUGGAAAGCGUUUUAAUCGACAGGAUGCUCUCCGGAAACACCAGCGUGUUCAUACAGGAGAGAAGCCCUAUCACUGCUCACAGUGCGGAAAGAGUUUCAAUCGGCAGGAUGCUCUCCGCAAACACCAGCGCAUUCAUACUGGAGAGAAACCGUUUAUCUGCUCACAGUGUGGAAGCAAAUUCACUCAAAAUAGUCAUCUCAAAGCACAUCAGCGCAUUCACACAGGAGAGAAGCCGUAUCAGUGCUCCCAGUGUGGAAAGAGUUUUAACCGACAGGACUCUCUCCAGCUACAUCAGCGAAUUCACACUGGAGACAAACCUUAUCACUGCUCACAGUGUGUGAAAAGUUUUAGUAGUCAGGAUAGUCUCCGGAAACAUCAACGCAUUCACACAGGAGAGAAGCCGUUUAUCUGCUUACAAUGUGGAAGCAAAUUUACCCAAAAAAGUAAUCUCAAAUCACAUCAACGCACUCACACUGGAGAAAAACCGUAUCAGUGCUCACAUUGUGGAAAGAGUUUUAAUCGACAAGACACUCUUCGAAAACACCAGUGCAUUCACACUGAAGGCGAAACAUAUCACUAAAGCUUUACUCAAGCAAACAUUAUACAAUUUAGUCAAAAGUUUGUGCACCCCUGACCACUACAUUCUCUUUGUAAACAUAUACUGUAGAUGGAACUUCGUUUCUGGGUCCUUUUUUUCUUUUUAUUUAAUUUAUAAAAAUAUUUAUAUUAUAUAAUGUAUAUGAACAUUUAUGUGGUACUUAAUUCAUUAGACACUCAUGGUAGAAAGAAGUGCUUUAAUCACAAAAUGAAAAAUAAAUUGAUCUCACCUAGGAAGUUACACAGAAAAUUCUAAUCCGUAACAAGUCUUAUUUUGCAGAAACCCAAAGUAUACUUUUAAAAUCACACAUUUUUUAUUAUAAAGAAUCAUAAUUCCCUUAUGUCUACAUGUGGAUGUCUACAUAUCGUCCCCAUUUAAAGUCUGCUGUCGCCAAUACUGCUAUUGCUAUUGACCUGAAAUUUUUGUCACCACCACAAUGAUGAAUAAACAAUCCAUACACCCGUUUUUAUUUAUUUUAUUAAAAUUGUGUAAAUCUUACAUUAUAACAGCACAGGGAAA